CCGCCCGCCCCGCAGAGCCGCGUCGUUGCUAUGCUGCGGCUGCUGCGCGCGGGCCCCCCGCGCCUGGCGGCCCUCGCCGCCCUGCCGCUGCCCUGCGGGGGCGCCGCCCGGCCGCGCCUCGGCCCAACGCCGCCGCCCCUCCUACCGCCGCGGCGCGCGGCCGGCAGCGCCGCCAAGAAUGCAGGUGGACCCCCUGAAAAGGCAGCCACAGAUCCCAGUGGUGGAAACAAGAAACCCAACAAAUCCCAACAGCUCAAACAAGUUUUCAAAGAAUAUGGCGCUGUAGGGGUUUCAUUCCAUGUUGGAAUUUCAUUAGUAUCUCUAGGAAUCUUCUACCUGGCUGUGUCAAGUGGUGUGGAUAUGACUGCAGUUCUCUUCAAACUUGGUUUCAGCGAAUCAUCAUUGCAAUCUAAAAUGGCUGCUGGUACAAGCACUUUUGUGUUGGCAUAUGCUGUUCACAAACUGUUUGCUCCAGUACGAAUCAGCAUUACUGUAGUUUCUGUGCCAUUUAUUGUCCGAUACUUCCGGAAGAUUGGUUUCUUCAAACCUCCUGCCCCAAAGUCAUGAUGAUUUCCAGUUCGUUUUUGCUCAGUUUUUAAAUGCUGUAUAUCCAUGUAGCUUCUCAGUUUGCCAGAUUUCUUUAGAAAAUUUACUUGGAUCAUGUUAAUGCUGACCUCCUCUUGCAUUUCUUACUCAUUCUUUCAGGUAUAUGUGACACUGUGAGAAGUGCUGUCCUUAUCUGCUGCCCCUUUUGCUACCUAUUCAUUAGAAAAACCUGUUAAAAAUAGUAUCAGGUAUUCCCUGUAAGUGAUAAUAUAAAUACUUGACAAUGAGCAGUCUCUUUAGAACACGUAGUUCUGUGUCUUUGUAAUCUAGAUUUUUGGGCCUUAACUUUUCUCUUGUUGAAACACAGUUGCUACAGUUCAGCACUUAUUUAUUAUUGUAUAGUCAGGAAUUAAAAUAAGGUUAAGUUUCUCCUUAAUAGUCCUGUGGAACAAACAGUAUCUUACUAUAUGAAUAGUUCUUUGGGUAAAUAUAAAUAUUAGGAUCCAAAUUUGUAUAUAGGUAUUCCUUUGUUAUAAAAGGCACAUGCUACGCCCCAGUCCUGCAAUAUUAACACACAUGCCUUGUUUUUGCCAUAGGUGAUGCAGUGCUCUGAAACUGUAGCUCAUUCAUGGUGCUUCCAUAUUUUAAGAUUUUGGUGUUUGAAAAUGUGCUUUCUUUAUAGCUUAGUAACUGGUCUUACUGAAGUCUUUUUAUUUUCUCUUUUUAUUUUUCUUUUUAAUAUGUGUAUGCAUAGACUCUGAAGAAAUCCUGAGUCUAUUGAAAUCAGUGUAACCAGAAUUACCUCCUAUGCGAACAUAUUCCAAAGAUCAUCAAGUCAGAGGCAAGGUAUCUAUGGGCUUUAAUGUGUUGAGAUCUGACUUCAUACUGGGGACACAUUUUGAUAUGAAAACUAACCAUAGCAGCUUUCUGCUCCUGUGGCAGAAACUCAGACCUGCACUUGAAGUCCAGACAUUACAAUUCAUAGCUUCUCAAGAACAAUUCCUAUGCUUUUGUCUGUCAGUGUUGAAUGUACCAGUUAGAGAUGCUUUUCAUUUUUGUACUUGGAUAGUACUGCUAUCAGUGUAGUUGUGCAUGCAUGUAUUCUCAUACUGUUUUUCAGCUGACACACAAAUUGGAUCCCAAAACUGGGUAGUCUGCUUCACGUCGUCUAGUAAAUGUGGCUUUCAGACUUAGGGCUGUGCUUCUGCGAGAUGACUCAAGCCUGAUCUAACAGUCUUUUGGAUCCAUGCCUCCCUCCAGCUCUGUUGUUUUUAACCUAUCUUUGUCUGUCUUCAUGCUUCUGUCACCUAUCCCAAGGUGGCUGCGACACAGGUCUGUUCAGACAAGAACCUGAUUCAACUAUAAUUGCAGAAAUUUACCCUGGUGGUCAAAAUAACUUUUUUGCCAGGUUAGUGAAUGGAGGGAGUCGUGUGGUUGGGAUCAGAGCUGGCUGUGGGAAGGAAUUCACUUCUUUUUGCUAUCAGCAAGCUAUUAAUUCAGCUCUGCGUUGAUGUUAAACUGCAUCCUAACUCCUCUCCCAUUCACAACUAGUCCAAACCAUGGACAGGUUUGAAGCUCUGCAAAUCCUUAGGAUCACAAGUGAACAAACUUCGUUUGUGCUCUAGGAAGACAAGUCAUAGCCACAUCUCUCCUUGGACCUCUCUUUUAUUGCUACUGCUUGGUUAACCAGAGUUUUAUCUAUAGGACAAAAGGGGUAAAAGUGAAGAGACAUCUGGUUUCCUUCCUCUCUCCUUUGCAAGCAAGCUGCUAUGUGAGCCUGCCUCCUAAAAACACAGAGCCCCUUGAUGAUGGCUUCAUCUUAGUUGGGCUGUGCUGCUAGCCCAGAUGAGACUUUAAUCUUAGGAUGGAAACAAUUGCAGCAGUGAGCAGGUACAUAGGCUAGAGGCUGAUGUACAGUGUAAAGGUAGCCAUAUGUGACAUAUCUAGAGAUACAUUAUAUAGCUUAAACAUCUUUCAAAGUACCAGCCUUAGGAGUAGGACAGGAACCACACUGAGAUUCAGCAUUACAGUCUGGUCUGCUUGCAUGAGAACAGUAAGCUGUGUCAUUCCUUUAACAGAGCUUAUGUUGUGCACAGCUGUUUGGCUUGCUCGCAAGAGUGUGAAACUAAUGCUCUGCUGUUUUGUGUGCCAAUGUGUACUGAAGGAGUAGCUGUCAAGUUCAUUUAAAAUAGCUUGUUUUCAAAAAAACCAAAUAAACAAACUGGAAUUGUCCUAUUUAGGGCCAGCUUUGCAUUAUGGUUGCUGAAGCUGGCUGCUUCUCCAGAAUGCUAGUGGUCCUUGCUGCUAUCUGAGCCUGCUCAUAAUUUGAGCCUUUUGUCCCUUGAGAAAAAAGCUUUCUGAAAUCAGCUUGCUUGUCAGGGAAGCUCUGCCUUUUAGCCUUGAUUUAGCUGCAAGACUAUUAUGUCUGUUACUCGGAUGGAAGUUUUUUGCUCUCUGAUGAUAAUGGAGUGUUUAUUAGGUAAAAGUAGCAGUGUGUAUGUACACAGCUGUUGAAGUGUAUGCUGUGAUAACAUGCAACAAAAUUCUGUAGUAUACCACUUUCUAGAGUAGUCAGGUUUUUUUAAAGCUUCAGCUGAGCUGUCAGUUUUUCUCAAGAGUGAAUUUUACUUUGGCUUUUUUUUUUUCCUCUGUUCACAAACUUUCUGUGCUCUUCUCUACACGUUUUCUGUCUUCUCUCUGUGUUACGGGCACAUUCUGUUGCCUAAGAAUAACAAAUCAAUUUCAGAAUAAUCAGAUAACAGCAUCCUUAUUUUCCUUAUUUGACCAAUCAUUUCUAGUAAUAAACAUGCUUGUUAAAGCUGGUAAAAUAGCAUUCCUUCUCACUUCUUUCAAAAGUAACUUUCUGUAAAGCAGACAUAAUUUAAAGCAAAUACAUCUAGAAGUUAUUAAAAGUCAUCAGCACUAACCAGAGAUUUUCUUGUAAUAAACUGAAUUUCAUGUAAGUUAUGAUCAGACUUCAGAUUACCUGUUAAUUAGGUAAAUUUGGUUGUAUAAACUACUGGCUGUGUUUAUCUAAACUUUUUGAAAAGUAUAUUUUAAAUUAAUGUGAGAAUAUAUUUUGAAUUUCAGAAUCCUCAAAUGUAAAGGAUCACUUUUUAAAAUUAUUUGUAAAAUAAUGGAAGAGGCCUUAAAAGUCCUAUGAUAAUGAAAAUACAAUAAAUGGCUUUCCCUUGCAAUGUA